AUGGACCACACUGAUUUACCUCAACCAACGUCAACAAUUGACACGCAUACCCAGGAAAAUCACACCAAACACACAUCUCAAAACAUUGGAACAAAUUCUUCAACGACAAGUACGAUGAGCCACAACGACAACGCAGUAUUCGAUGAAAAGCUGGUAGAGAGCACUUCGGAUGGAGUACUACAGACGCCGGAUGAAGGAAAUAAUAACAAAAGUGAUUCUGAAAAACCGAUGGAAUCAGUACAUAGUGUAUCAUUGGUACCAAAUGGAGGAACACAGGCCUGGUUACAAGUUCUUGCGGCUCAUUUCCUAUUCUUUAACUCAUGGGGUAUUGUGAACACUUUCGGUUCCUACGAAACCUACUAUUCCGUCGAUCUACUCUCGACUUCAUCCGCAUCUGCCAUUUCAUGGAUAGGAUCUGUUCAGGCAUUUUUGCUAUUGUUUGUUGGCGCUCUCACUGGACCUCUCUAUGAUGCAGGAUAUGCUCGUCAUUUGACCAUCAGUGGCUCCUUUUUCCUGGUCCUUGGUCAAAUGAUGUUGAGUCUUUGCAAGGAGUAUUGGCAGGUUCUUCUUGCUCAGGGAUUCUGUAUCGGAAUUGGAUGUGGGUUAUUGUGUGUGCCCAGUACUGCUAUUCUUGCCCAGUAUUUCAGUACCAAGAUUGCCACUGCUGUUGGCUUUACGGCUGCUGGUAGCAGUUUCGGUGGCAUCAUCUACCCAGUUGUCUUUCACAAACUCCAACCUAGUAUCGGUUUCCCAUGGGCCACUCGAGUAAUCGGCUUCGUGAUCCUGGCGACGCAGCUCAUUGCAAUCGCCGUCUACAAGGUCCGGAUUCUUCCAGAAAAGAAACGCGCCAUUAUAGACUUUGCAGCUUUCAAGGAACCACCAUAUGUAAUCUUUGUUUUCAGCGCGUUUGUGGGUUUCAUGGGACUAUAUCAGCCUUUCUUUUAUGUCCAGACGUUCGCUAUCGAGAAACAUAUCACCGACGCGAACUUGGGCUUUUAUAUCCUUGCCAUUAUGAAUGCCACCAGUGCCUUUGGACGGAUUAUUCCCGGAAUACUGUCCGAUAAAAUCGGCCCUAUGAACGUGAUCAUUCCCUGCGCAUUCAUAUCGGCAAUGCUAUGCCUCUGCACCAUUGCCGUCAACAAUGCCGCCGGUUUAAUUGUUCUCAUGGCAUUUUAUGGCUUCUUCUCCGGAACCUUCGUCUCCUCGCCCAAUGCAAUUGUGGUGCAUCUUUCAGCCCAGAAUAGAGCCAAGAUUGGGACAAGAUUAGGUCAAAUGUAUGGAGUCAUCUCAUUUGCAAUGUUGAUCGGUACACCUGUCGGUGGUGUCGUCCUAGAUAACCAUGGCUACACACCCCUCUGGAUCUUCUCCGGUGUCCUAGUCGGGGUUUCAGGGGCUUUCAUGAUCUUGAGCCUGCUCUAG